GGGGUCCUUCCUGCCCUGCUCUGAGCCGCUCCGCCUGUGACUCUUCACGUAAAACCAACCGGCCACCGGAGAGAGAAGAAAAACGGUAAAUUAACCCGUAAAUCCUCCUCGAACAGACCGGGUCCCGGGAGCUAUGAUGGGCGGUAGGACCAGUGCGUUAGCCGCGGGAGUGUGCGGAGCUCUGCUCGUCGGUUACUGCAUCUACUUCGACAAGAAGAGACGGAGUGACCCCAACUUCAAGAACAGGCUGCGGGAACGGAGGAGAAAGCAGAAGGUAGCCAAAGACAGGGCAGGCCAGGCAAAGCUCCCAGACCUGAAGGACGCUGAGGCGGUGCAGAAGUUCUUCCUGGAGGAGAUCCAGCUGGGGGAGGAGCUGCUGGCUCAGGGAGACUAUGAGAAGGGUGUGGACCACCUGACCAACGCCAUCGCGGUGUGUGGUCAGCCUCAGCAGCUGCUGCAGGUGCUGCAGCAGACUUUGCCUCCGCCCGUCUUCCAGAUGCUGCUCACCAAACUGCCCAGCAUCAGCCAGCGUAUUGUGAGUGCACAGAGUCUGAGCGAGGACGAUAUAGAAUGAGAGGAUCGAGAGGAAACACCCGCCACCUUCCCCCUCCUCUUCCUCAUGUGGACCCCUCCUUCCAUGACGACCUGCUAACGCCUCGGCCUCCAUCACUCCGGCCGACGUCCAUCACUUCCCAUCAAGGCGUCCUAAAUGGAAUUAGUUUUUUAUUCCUGGUUUAUCCAUGACAGUAGUGUUUGUUUUUUUUACUUAAAUUACCCGUUUUGGGGUAUAAAGAGUAUCUGGAUCAUAACGGCCAGAGAAUUACAAGAGCCCGUCCCCGCUCCACCAUCAUUAGGUAUGUUCUCAUUAACUGGACUGGGUGUUAACAUGAAUCCGUUCCUUCCCUCAGGGUGGUGUAGCACGCAUCCUGACAGCAUCAUGUACCAGGUUUACACUGUCUGACAACCAUCUUCAUGGUUAUUAUGAUAUCAGUCGUAGAAAGUGACACAAACAGGAAUCUUCUCUCUGCUCGGAUGCUUCACAAAGUAUUUAUUGUUUUAUGUUAUCAGUCGUCUUUCUGUUCAGUCUCAACUAAACACUUUUUAAAAAGUGAUUUUUGUUCAUUUUAAAGAGGACGAUCCUCUUUAGGAAAGACAAAAUAAAAAAUGUGAACAAACUA